AAAAAACACAAAGCGUAUGCAUAUAAAAGACCCAUCGGUUUACUACCCCAGCACAGUCUUCCAGAGUUCAGUACAACGUCCUUCUCCACUUCAAAAUGUUCAAAUUCGUGUUAGCAGCAGCCUUAGCUACUAUUGUGCAAGCACAUGAAGCAUCUGUCUACAUCAUUGACCCUACAGGACACGAACCCGUUCGAGGAACUCUCAGCUUCAAGGAAACCGCAAACGGACUACACAUCCAAGGCCAAAUCCACGGAUUGGUGCCUGGCAACCAUGGCCUUUGGAUUCACACCAUUGGUCACAUUUCCGACGGAUGUCUGAACACUGGAGAAUUAUUCAACCCAAGAAACGCACCACAGCCCAUUGGCGAUCUAGGCUCAAUCAUAGCUGAUGCCGCAGGAUUCUCCACUGUCGACAUAGUGACCAAGGCACUAUCUCUGGAAGGAGUCAAUGAUAUUAUCGGUAGGACCGUGUUCGUCAAUUGUCCAACUGCCCCCGGUGGUGGACGUACAGCUUGUGGAGUCGUCGGGAUAGUCGAUUAAGUCUUCAGUUGCUGAUUGAGGAUCGAUGUUUUGUAAUGUAAUGGAAUCUGAGCAAUUUGUGGUUAUGCGUAGUUAGAAGUCCAAAAAAUAUAUAUUGAUAUGUGAAAACUA